AUGUCUGUCUCCAUUGAGGUCACCGAUGUCCCUACUGCCCCCAAAUCCGACCAGCCUGUCUUGAUGGGCCAGAAGUCCAGGAUUCCCGAGUUUAGUCUUGCUGGCAAGGUCGUUCUUGUCUCCGGAGCUGCUCGCGGUCUAGGCUUAACCCAAGCAGAGGCUCUCUUAGAAGCUGGCGCGAAGGUCUACGCACUUGACCGUUUGGAAGACCCUGCCCCCGAAUUCGAGCAGAUCCAACAAAAGGCAAAGGAACUCGGCACCGAGCUACACUACCGCCGCAUUGAUGUACGUGACACAGAGCUUCUGAACACCGUGAUCGAAGCCAUCGCCAAUGACGAGGGCCGCAUGGAUGGUCUUGUUGCCGCAGCAGGUAUCCAGCAGGAAACACCUGCACUCGAAUACUCGGCAAAGGACAGCAACACUAUGUUCGAGGUUAAUGUCACGGGGGUCUUCAUGACAUCUCAGGCCGUGGCUAAGCAAAUGAUUCGCUUUGGGAACGGAGGUAGUAUCGCCAUGAUCGCCUCGAUGAGUGGUACCGUUGCCAAUCGGGGUCUGAUUUGUCCCGCUUACAACGCUAGCAAAGCUGCCGUUCUCCAGCUUGCUCGAAAUCUCGCGGCUGAAUGGGGAACUUACAAUAUUCGCGUCAAUACCAUCUCUCCUGGCUAUAUCGUCACUUCUAUGGUAGAGAAGCUGUUCGUGGAGUUCCCGGAGCGCCGCGAGCAAUGGCCUAAGGAGAACAUGCUUGGUCGUCUUUCCCGUCCGGAGGAGUAUCGUGGCGCCGCGGUGUUCCUGCUUAGCGAUGCCAGCAGUUUCAUGACUGGUAGCGACCUCCGCAUGGACGGUGGCCACACUGCAUGGUAA